UUCUGUUUGUUGUUUCGUUUUUAUUUAACUUUAUUUUCUUGUAACGAUUUAUGAUAGCACGACAUCCCUUGUUUUGGACGUGAACGACUCUCUCCGCAUUUACUACUGCAUACUGCAUACAACAACAUCAGCAUCACAGGAAUACAGCAGGAAACCUCCGGCCUGUUAUCAAGAUGCGAUCCAAAUCCAUCAACGUCAAGCCGUCGCUCUAUCCAGCGCUGCCCUUUCACAUCAUCCGCGCAGUAUCCUUCAUCGCUACUCUCAUCGUCGGCAUCAUCCUCGCCGUCUUCAUCUAUCACCUCCAUACUGCCAGCCACAAACUCCCUUGGACGUUCCUAGUCCUCGUCAUCACCGCCGGCCUGUCUCUCCUCAACCUCGUCUUCACCACAAUUAUCCACUGCUGCUAUGGCCUCUCCCCACGCCUCUCCCUCACCUUCAACGGCAUCUGCCUCUUCCUCUGGCUUCUCUCCCUCGGUCUCCUCUCAUGGAGCAUGUACCAAACCAUCCUAACAACCUGCACCGCAACAUACUGGGCCACCUCCACCGGCAUCACCGUCUGCAAAAUCUACAAAGUCCUCUUCUCCUUCACAGCCAUCGCCGUCGCAUCCCACAUCGCAGCCUGCGUCCUCGACAUCGUCGUGCGCAACCGCCAAACCCGUCUCGGCGAAUACGACCCCAUGGCCAGUAACCCCAUGCUCGGCGAAGUCAAACUGCAGGACCGUAGCGCUCCUCUCCCUGCUGGCCCUCCCCCGGAGUACCUGGGCCCGCACCUCUCGGAGCGCUACCACAAUGGUAGCCCGGAGCAUUUGGGUCCCCACCCUUCAGAGCGAUUCCAUGACGAUGAUGAGUUCCAUGAUAUCCCUGAGCCGGCGCACGCGCACGCUGCUGGGCCCCCGGGAACGGCGUACGGUGGCCAUGACACUUUCGAUGAUUACCAUGCUGGCGGUGAGGCGCAAGGUUAUUAUCAGCCUUCGCCGGUGCAUAGUCGCCAGGGUACGCCCCGGGUGAGGUUUGAUGCGGUUAGUGAUUAUGGGUACAAUCAUCCUCCGGAGCAGACUAGCUAUGACCCAGCUGCGUAUCGGUGAAGGAGGUUUGGUUAGUCGUGGAUACUAGUAUGGGUGGUGGUUCAAGGGUAUCAUUUAAUAUCUAGUAUAUAUAUCUUUGGUCAUUGACGUGAUACGAUCUUUGCAUGGGCAAUGUGCUA